CUUGUUGCGUCGCUGGUGUCGUUAUUGACUUUCGGGCAAUUCUUCUGCAUCAAUCCGUGGAAUUCGGCAGCGUGAGAUCAUGGAACAGGAGCCGGAGAGUGGCGAGGAUUCGCAUGCUCAGGCUGAGUCAGCGACUGAGGAGGAAACUCCGCUUCCGGACACCAUAUCAGAUGAGUAUUACAGUGAAAUCUGCACUCGUGCCAAUGAGCUCAUCCAGACGCUGCAGAGCGAGCAGCAGUUCGUGUGGGCGGACGAGUUCCAGCGGAUCUUCGUGGUGUGCCAGGGACUGCGGAAGCUGCUGCUGGAGGAGCAGCACAAGAACGAGGAUCUGCAGCUGGACAUGCUGCGGUGUCAGGAGCGCAUCGCGGAGGUGAUGAAGCUGUCCGAGGAGGAUCAGGAGAAGAUCGGCCAGCUCAGGGAGGAAAUUGAGUCGUCGUGGAGUCAAACGGACGCGGCGCAGGCCAGAGAGCAGGAGGCGCAGAAGCAGAUGUACGUGAUGCUGGACAAGUUCGAGCAGCUGCAGAAAGAGGCGGAAAAGUACACAGACAGCAAGGAUGGACAAGAAAUGGGAACUUCGAUGGCGAAGCACAAGGAGGGAAUUCUGCGCGAACGCGACAGACUCAGCACGGAAGUGGAGGAUCUCAGCAUCAAAUUGCAACUGCAGAAGACUUAUGCUGAGGAGUUGGAGAAGAAAAUCACGGAUUUCGAGAGUAAAAACAAGGAUCUGUACAAGUUGUUGGACGAGACAUCGAGUGAGGCGUUCAAAGAGAAGCGUUUGCUGGAGAAUUUGAGGACUGAAUUGCAAGAUGUGGCAGCGGAACGUGAUCUGUAUGCGGAAGAGGCGAAGACAUUCAAGACUAAAUACAACGUCAUCCAUAAAACAACUCUGCAGCACAAUCUCCAAAUGGCCGCAAUCAAAUCCAACGUGGAGAGGUUGUCGACCCAGAACACAGUUCAGUCCAUGAAGAUCGCCAAACUCUCCGGCGAGUACGACAAUAUCGUGCACGUGCGUGACAAACUGUCUCACGAUCUCAACGUGAAAGGCAAUAUUCUCAAGCUGAAGGAGGAUGAGAACAAUAAAUUCCGCGUGGAAACGGCGAAAUUGGUGAAAUCAAAGGAAUUGCUCAUGAGGAAAAUGAUGACGGCCGGAGUGUCGAAGGUGAUUUGGGAGCAGGAAGGGCUCAAACUGAAGAACAUCAUUGCGAAUUUGGAGAAGGAAUAUGAGCUGCUGAAGAAGACGCACGACAAGACGAAAUCCCAGAUUGACAAUUUGACGCGUGAGCGCGAUCUUGUGCGAAAGGAUUUGAUUAAGGCGAACAGAAUUAUUGGGGAGUUGAAUGAGAAAAUCCUGCUGCACGAUCAGGAGACGAAAACCCUGAAGCAGGAGAUUAAGAGCCAUCAGAGUGUCAUCCUGAAGAACAAGGAAGCCAUAAGAAAGGCGGAAAAGGAUAGAGACAAGAAUGCUGAAGAACUUCUUGUCUGGGUGGCAAAAGAGGAGCGUUUCAGGGAGGAAAUUCAAAAGAAGAUCAAUCAAAUAACGGAAUUGAAGGGGAAAAUUUCUGACUAUGAGAACAAGGUUUUCCACGUGCAGCAACUCUACGAGGCGGCCAGGACUGAGCGAUCCAGUCUGCAGAAGGAGGUGCAAGUGUGCGCCGAGGAGCGCGAGGAGCUGAAGAAGCGCCUCAGGACAGUGACGAAGCAAGCGGAGCAGGCAAAGGAGGAGCUGACGCAGCGCGAAGCCGAUCAGGCGAAGGUGCACAAGAACCUCGACAGGGCGGAGAAGGAGAAAGUGGCUCUGAAGGCGGAAAUUCAUGGCACACUGACGGGUUUGCAGCACAUCAAGUCGGAGAUGAAGGAGAAGCAGAUGGAGAUCGAGAGGAUGCGAAAGACUGUGGAGGAUUGUGACGCAAGUGUGCUGCGAUUGCAGAAGCAGCUGGACUCGACGGUGAGCGAGAAGGAUCUCGUGGGUGGACAGCUCAUUGAGCGCACGGAGGAAGUCGCCUUGGUCAGCGAGAAGCUGCAGGAUCUGCAGUUGGCGCUGGAUCGCAGUGAGACGCAGUACGCCAGGCGACUGGACGACAUCCGACUCCUGAAGGUGGAGAUCAGCGGGCUUCGGUCGCAGGUGAAGCUGCUGUCUCGCGGCCUGGCCAACACGACGGAUAUGCAGCAGGAAGUGUUGCAGCUUCAUCGCGUCUUGUCGCAGGAACGCGUGAAGGCGAAGGCUCUCGAGGACGAAAUGACCACGCCGAUGAAUGUCCAUCGCUGGCGCGAGUUGGGCGGACGCGAUCCGGACAAAAUGGAGCUGAUUGACAAGAUCCAAGCGCUGCAGCGACGAGUUUUGAGGCAAACAAUUGACGCAACGCACAGAGAAAAUGCACUUCAGGAAGCCCACCAAGAGACAUACAAGCUGAGGAAGGUGUUGCUCAAGCUUCCCAGUCAUCGCAUCAAAGAGAGACUCAAUUCCACACAGCGGGCACUUAUGCUGAGAACGCGGGAAUUGAAGGCGGUUGUGGCGGAGCUGAAAGUGAAGGAUUUGGAUAUCAAAAGUCACUCGUCGAACUUAGAAGAGAUCAAGCAUUCGCUCGUGGAAGCCAGGAAAGAAGCAACCAAACAGAAGAAAGAAAAGCUGAGGUUGCUGGAAACUCAGCGACUUGUGCAACAAAUUCAGAUGAUGCCAUCAACAGUGUCGUGCAACAGAUCAAUGGGAGCUGGCUACAAAAUUGUGUAAUUGCUACCACUAACAAUCAUCAUCUGGGAGAAAUAUCGCGUUUUCUGCGGCAAAAUGCUUACGCAAGACGCUGGACAUUGCUCGAGGCACAGAACACACAGUCUUCUCUCUUUCCCAAGACGACAUGGCUUAGAGAAACAUCCAGCAAAGAAGCAACUCCAUCACGAUGACACGGCGAAGUUUGAGAUUCUAUAAUAAACUUAUCGCGUAGAGAAAAAAGUCUCUUCUUA